AUGCAACGGCGCGUGUCCGACGUGGUGACUGUGCUCGCAGAGCGCCUCGCUCUGCUGGCGGGUACAGUAAUUGCACUGAUUUCUGUCACCUACUGUUUCUUCUUCUCAGAGGUCUUCGGAGCUCAGGUGCUGGGGCAGGUGGUUGUAUUCAACUUCCUACUGCUGGGCGCUUAUCUCUUCCUUCUUGUCGCCUCGUUUAAGCUGCACCACAUGAAAAAGCACGGCUCAACCAGCGUCCUCGUCCACGGCUGCCUGAUCGCCGGCAUCACACUUUUCAGCAUCCUCGUGCUACUGGCAACAAGAGAGACCAACUUCAGCCCAAACACCUUGGAACUGACGCAUCUGCCGGUCCUUAGUGACGCUGUGGAGGACAUGUGGUUGAAGGCGAGGCAAAGCAGGCAACUGCGGGAGCAGAUUGUCAAGUGCUGCACAUACACCGAACUGAUGCUCCAAACGCGUCAAGCGGGCGCCAGAUUCAUGCAGCAAUGGACACCGCUGGCCUGUUGCAACCUGCUUCCGGGCGUCCACGUCCGAUGCACAACCUCGGAGGGGUAUCAACUCGAGCAGAUCGACAAGUGUGCCAUUCAGGUACUCCAGCGGACCCGGCUCUUCGUCGAUCUGCUCGACUGGCUCAACGUCGUCGUGCUCGUCUGUCUGCUCGCCUCCUCGGCCAAGGUGAUGAACAUGCAGAUACGUGACCUUCGGGUGGCGCGAAACACCGUCUGUCUGCACCCCUUCUAUCGCAACCUGACCUGCAAUGCCGAGAUGAAGACGAGCCAUCUUGUCCAGUUGCCCAGUGUCCCGUAUGUACCGAUGACUGAGGUGCCGGACAGUCCGAAAAAAGACGGCCUCGGCCCGAGUAGCUUAACAAGCGAUUCGUAUUCUCCUCCAAAUCUGACUUUCACUCUGGGACUGCAGGGUUUCCUGAGCGCCGGCACAGCAGCAGAUAUGAAGACCAGGACAUUCGGCAUUUCGCAAGAUGGGUACGAGGCCAGGGUAGAACGCGAGCCAAUGGAGCGAGCAGACGCUUGA